AUGGCUCCAUAUGAAGCUCUAUAUGGUAGGAAGUGUAGGUCCCCUACUGGUUGGUUUGAAGUCGGAGAAGCAAACUUAUUUGGGCCAGACCUUGUUCAUCAGGCUAUUGAAAAGCAACCCACCUGCCAAUCACACUCAUCAACCAAAUCAACAUCGCAAUUCAUCAACACGUCCAAUUCAUCAAAGUACUUCUACAUUCAUGAUGCGUUGGCAAGAAUGAACGAUGAAUAUUUAAGAUCGGCGAUAGAUUAUCUCGAAUUAAUGACAGAUUUAUCGAAAUUAAUCCGAGGGCCGACGUAUUUUGCUAGUCCUAAUCUUAAUAGUAAUAGUUGGACUAAGUUGCCUGUUCAUGAUUCAGAUUUUGGAUGGGGAAAACCAAUUCACAUGGGACCUGCUUGUAUUUUGUAUGAAGGGACAGUGUAUAUAUUGCCAAGUUCAAAUGAUGACAAGAAUUUGAGAUUGGCUGUGUGUUUAGAUGCUGAUCAUAUGGGACUUUUUGGAAAAUACUUGUAUGAUUUUUGA